AUGGUCUUUUCAGAGAAUUCAGUCAACAGACGCAGCGGUGUCAUGGUCGUCUCAUCGAAUACAGGUCCGCCACGGCUCGACCUCGCACUCGCCCGGGGCCGCCGCGGCACGUUUGACAGCUUCGACAGCGGCAGCGAACGCGGAUUCCACCCUCGCACGGCGCGGUCGUCCAACGACCUCUUCACACAAGCCCUCAGCAGGAUCGAUACGGCAGAUUGCGACUCGGAAUGGGGCGCGGUGCGCGCGAGCGCCAGGGAGAACUGCGACAGAGGGGGCAUGGCGGAUCUCAUCGACUUCUUCAGGACCACGUCGCCGCCGCCAGAGUUUCCUUUACAACAGUCCCUCUUUGAAGAUGACGCCGCCGCCACCGUCGCCACCGAAUCCCGGGAGCAGCAGCAGCAGCGGGACAGAUGGGGACUGCUGAAAAAGUUGCGCCGGCCGCGCACGCGGGCUAGGUCAGAGUCGCCCGUCCGCCGGCCCCGGACCGCAGGACUUCCCAACUCUGCCGUCGCGUCCAAGACGAGCAGCGGCAACUCGCAUAUCGCAAUCUCCAUCCCGUUGGAGUACUGCCAUGUAGGACCCGACUCUGACUGGGCCCUCGCCAUCUUCAACGCCACGCCACCAUUACCCCCGACUCCCCCGGUGAGAAAUAGCGACGAGGAAACCAGAAACGGCGUCAGGCCUUAUGCUAGUGAGCGUACGGUCACUGUCCUCAAGACUGUCAGCGAGAAGGGAUCCAUCUCUACGCUCGACACGAUGAGCACCAGGAGGGGAUGCAAGGGCUCGGUGUCGAUAUGGCCCAAGAUCAACCCCAACCCCAUGAGCCCGCCCAGGACGCCUUACACGACACCUCCGGGCAGCUUGCGUGGGCGCUCGUCAAUGUCAAAGACUAGACGCGACCGGCUGCCUCCUCCGCCGCCUCAGUACGCUGAGCUGCCGGCUGAGCCCGUCCAUGUAGCCAAAAACUCUUUCAGCGGUCUCGAUAAGGAGUGCGGGUUCACUAGGGGUGAGGCUCAAAUCCCAAAUACCAAGAGACCCAGGGCCAGAACAACACCAAGGCGGCCCGAGAAUAUCGUGCUGCCGCCGAGGAGGUCGAGCAUCAAGAUCGUGAGGCCGCAAUCGGAUGCGGUCUUGGACAGUCAGAGGUCAAUCGAUGGCAUCCUUGGCGGUGGCGGUUCGCAACGCCAGAGUGUGCUGUCGGACGGCCCUCAACUGAGCCCUGGGGCCUUUUCAGAGGCACACUCCAUCAGUCCAAGCAUCGCAACUACAGAAUUGUCUGAGCCGGUCAUAUCGAGCGCACGUUCUGCAAAAGCAUACUCAAUGGCAUCUAUCAAGCAAGCCGACAUGCCGGUUCUACCAUCCCGGCAGUCCUUUUCUGUCCGGCCGGGGAGUAGCGACACAGCGCAGACCACUCUGGUGGGAGAGUCCCUAGCUUCUAGGAACCCCUCCACAAGGACUGCUGCCUCGAGGCAAAGUCGCAAGGAGCGUGUCAAGUCUCUCAAGCAAAGAGACAUGGAUGCGCUGCGAGCCCUUACGAGACAAGGACCCCAAGACGAGGACGGCGAGGUGACGCCAAGGCCCAGGACCUGCGAGACGGUCAUCAGCUCCCUGCGCCUCCCUUCUCGAGAUGGGACGUUCGGAUCCAAGGAUCACCUCCCGCAGACAAAGUUGUCUGCCACGAACUUGGCACACAUGGCCAAGUCUCACAAGAAGUCGACAAAACAUAACAAACACGGUACUGCAACAAAAAUAUCAGACUGGCAGGCCACGCAAGAUACCGAGACGGAGACCCCGGGAUGGGAGACUACGCAAGAGGAGCUGACGCCCGGCUGGGAAACCGCACAGGAGACGCCCACAAUCGACUGGGAAAAGACGCCGUUCCUAGGGGACAUCACGGCGGCUGACUAUCGGGUCUCGACAGAUACCGGCGCCGGCACGUUCGGAAACGGGGACGUAAGAGACAGCACGCUCAGCUCCGAGCCGCCUCGUCGGUGGGGGAGCCUUCACCGCGCCAGCUGGGCGAGCUCGGUACCGCUCUUGGACCGUAUAGGAAGCUUCGCGCCGUCCGACGCGAGCGUCGCCCAAGCAGUGGAGAUGGAUGACAGCCACGCAGUCCCGCAACCAGCGCGCAUGACGCGCGCCGACUCCGGUACUCUUUCACAAGCAGACGCGGACCGGCUGUGCUCAAACCGCUUCAGCUUCAUCACGUCCGACGAUAAGGUCAAGAUCGACCUUGCGGACGACAACCAGUCUAUCGCGGGUAGCAUUGCCGCCUUUCCCAAGCCCGGCUGCGGCCCUCGUCUGAGCGCCAUCAUGCCCGUCGCCGAGGUCGUUCCCUCGCUUCCAGUCGACGAGCGGUGGUCUGCGUCGACGCUCAACUCGCCAGUGACGGUCAUCGAGGUCUCGCACCCCCCCUUUGCGACGAGCCAACCGCCGGGACAGGCCCCGACGCACGUUGCUCGCCCACACACCGCGGGCAACACCAACCCAGUACUCUUCAACACCGCCAGGGCCGAGGGACACAACGACUCCUCCGACAGCAGACGGGAACUGACUACGUCGACCGACGACGGCGACGCAGACGAAACCGCAACCCUACGCCCGAAAAGCCUCCGCUCACAAGACGGAGAACCCGAAGCAGAAGCAAACCGGGACCCCGGCAGCCUACUCACAAUGUCGGCCCGCGAACUCCGCAACCACUACGCCAACCUCCGCAGCGUCCAGGUCAACAACCUCGCGCACGAUAUGCUCCGCAACCAGGAACGUCUCGAGCUGCGCAUGCACCAGCAGGAGCGGAACCAGAUGCUCUUCAUCGAGCGCCUCGAGCGCUGCAUGAGCGACCUGCGCAGCCUCCCCGGGUCGCCCCUGUUCGGCCCCGGACCGCGGGGGACAGCCCUCGACUGGCCUCUCUGCGGCGGCGGCGUUGGCCUCGGUGGUCUUGUUGGUGACGAUGGCGGAGACGACUACGUCUACGAAGAGCAGCACAUCAGCCGCGAUGCGAGACACGAGGUCCGCGUGCGGAGGACGGGCCGCAUACGCGGGAACACCACCAGCACCACCGCCAGUAGAACAUCCCAACGGCAGCGGCAGUCCGAGGAGUCCCACACUCGGGGGAACGGCGGUGCCGUUCGACGCGGCGGAGACUUUGACGACUUUGACGGGGACUUUGUGAACCUCAUCCACCCCAGACAGAGGCGCCCGUCGACCUCGCACGAGAUCACCCCUCGCACCAGCGUCAGCAUCAGCGGUGGCGGCAGGGCGGUCCGGGGAAGCAGGCACCAGGCGGUGAUGAUGCAGCCGCUCAUCACGCGCGGUGGGCUGGACGCCAUGGAGCCGUUAAUCCGGGAGCUGCAGCUUGCUUCGCGGGUGAGUCUGGAGGCGGCGCGGACGGAUCCGAGGACGGAGACGCCGUUGCCGGAUACGGGGUAUUACUAUAGUAUGAUUUGA